CUCCACCAAAUGUGUCCAUCGUGUGGCCAUUUCCAGGCUCUGCAUAUGGAUGCUGAGAGAUCAUGACCACCUUUUCUCGGCUGCGGGCAGCCGACGUGCUGCUCUUAUCGCAGGUCAUUCGGGGCACCGACGCCUUUGCCCAUCCCCUGGCACGCCGCAUCGGCCGCAGCUUCCUUCCACACGCGUGGAAAUAUGGCCCCGCCAUCAGUGAUGAUGACAUCAUUGCCAAGAGAGAUGCAGAGAUCUAUGCCGACGUCAGCUCACAAGUGCGGCAGUGCUUCGGAUGGCUCAUGGCCUACCUGCUGCCAGAACUGAGUGUGGACGACUUCCCCCACUACACAAAGCCCCCGGUGCUGUCUGUCCGAUUGUCACCUCUGCAGGGGCUGGGCGUGUUCGCGGCCAGCCACAUCAGGAAAGGCACCGUGGCUUGCCUCUACCCGGGCUAUGUGUGGCCGUCGACCUCCAAGUCGCUGCCUGCGAGUGACUUUGCGGUGACCAACGUGCAUUCACGCGAGAGGGCGGUGAUCGACGGGGAGGGGUGGCUUUACGAGGGCAUGGGUGACGUCAUGGCCGAGUGGGGGGUGGAUCUGGCGGCGUUCUCUCCAGGCCAGUUCAAGGGCAUCGGGCGGCUGUCGGACGAGGCCGUCAAGCUGCAGAUGUCCCGGUGCAAAGCCAAAGACGCGCGGGGAAAAGCGGUAGCACACACAUUCACAGAGAGAGAGAGACGAUGGACACUCGCAUCCGUGAGCUGUGUUGUUUGCAGAGGGUGGUCAGCGUGAUCCAUCGCAACCCGCUGGCUUUGGGCAACUUCAUCAACCAUCCGCCUAAGGGCGCCAUGCCCAACGUGGCGCCCUUCGCCUUUGACUACCCCUAUCUGCCCGACUUCGCCGACAUCGACCAGGCCCUCAAGAGUCUGACCGCCGACCAACCGAGCACCUCUGCUGCUGAUGCUGACGUGCUAUCAAGCGGAUUCGACAAGAGGCUGGCGGCCGUGUAUGUGCAGAUGCUGCCACAUGCACUUGUCAAGUCGGGCUCAGAAACAGACACAGCAGAGGGCAGCCAGCCGUCAUCGGCCGAGCAGCAUUCCGCCCGCAUAAAGCGGUCGUCGACUCGUCAGCUGCAUGACGAGAAGUACCAUGGCGAGAGUGUGGGGAGGUUUGUGUGGUCGCCGGGCUAUGACGACACGCCGCCGCCGUUUCCUUUUGAUGGGAUGGCCUUUGUGGCGCUGAGGGACAUAACUGAGAAUGAGGAACUGAUGUUCAACUACAGGUGCAUCCGCUCGCUCACACACACACACGCAUGCACACCCACGCGUAUCUAUGUAUGUGUCUGUGUACCCAUGAGCGGGGUGUGUGUGUGUAUAGGUACAGCAUGGCCGAGCAGUCGCUGUGGAUCGGUUGGCUCUCCGAGAACUCCCCCUUUCUUGACUCCAUCUACCCCAAGUGGUACUCCAAGGUCGACGAGAGACGGUUCUUCCUCGCCCACACACGGCCCUCAACCCAGACAGACAGGUAGAUGACAUCAUAUGCAUGUGGGUACGUGGGGUGGGGUGCGUUGUCGCGUGUGUUGGUGGACUGACUCUCUGACUUAAGGAGGGGAGGGGCUCCAUUGGAGGGGCUGUUGUCGCACCCCUCACGCGUGUGUGUGUGUGCGUGUUUGGGCGUUUGGGCGUGGCCGGUAGUAGGUGAGUGACAGUGCAGACAGAUCCCUGAUGUGUUCGCAGAGGAACGGUAUGAGCACCAUCCACCGCAAGUCCACUGCAGUGGGCUGUCUGCCCGGCUAAGUGUACUGAUU